AUGUCCACCUCACGUACCCCUUUCUCCGAUCAGCAAGCAGCGGUCAACGACAACAUUCCGGCCACCACCCUUCCCGUCGACCCUAAUUCAACUUCUAUUGUUACAAGCUCUGAUAUCUCUAACAAUCACAAUGUUCAUCAACAAGGAGGAUUUAUGAGCGAUGCCAAAGAGAAAGAUGGCGAUGAAUACAAUUGGAAGAGAUGUGGGACGAGAAUAUUGAAAGGGAGCUCGACUCGGAAGGAAUAUUAUAAUUGCUCUAAUUAUCCUCAAUGUGGGUCUAAGAAACAUAUAGAGAAGGAUGAAAAUGGGAAUAUCAUUCAAAUAGUGUUUAAGGGACAGCAUGAACAUCCCAAACCGAACAAAUUAACGAGUUCGUCUUUCCAGGGACAUGUCGAUCAUUCAUAUAUAGGUCAAGAAGGUCCACUCGAUAGAACAAAUCCAAUCAUUUCCGUCGUCGCGCAUUAUCAAGAUCAGAGUUCUUGGGAUGAUGUGAGUGAUGAAGAGGAACCAGAUGACUCAAGGAAUAUGGAAGAAGAAGACGGUGGAGAUAUAAACAACGAACAAAGAGAAGAACAAAGAGAAGAACACAGAGAACACGGAGAAGAACAAGGAGAAGAACAAAGAGAACCAAAAGUGGUUAUCGAGGUAUUGAGUGAUACUUGUAUUGUUAAAGAUGGAUACAAAUGGAGAAAAUAUGGGCAGAAAACAGUAAAGGGGCACACUUAUCCAAGACAUUAUUAUAAGUGCACUUCUUCAAAUUGUUGUGUGAAGAAACAAGUUGAGAGAUCAUCAAAAGACAUUGGAAAUGUGAUAGUAUCCUACGAAGGAAAGCACAUCCAUGAACUACCCGACCAAUGA